AUGGAGAGACAAUCUCAUUCUCAUCUCCUACUUCUCUUCUUGACCAUCUUAUUUCCAUUCUCACUUGGGCAAGAAAUAGGAACUGUUGGCUAUGGCUAUGUAAUUGAGCCCACCACCGUUAGUUUAACCAAUAAUUCUUUGAAAGCUGAUCUUAGACCCGUCAAUAAAUCUACUGUCUAUGGGGAUGAUAUUGAAAGUCUCAAUCUUUUGGCCAGCUAUGAAACGAAUGAGCGUCUCAGAAUCAGAAUAACGGACUCCAAAGCACAAAGAUGGGAGAUCCCACAAGAACUCAUUCCCCGCAAUAACAUUCCCUCACAGCAUUUCAAAGUAAGAGGUUCCGUCGACGAUUCUCCGGUCAACCAAGGAGCCCUUCUGGAAAACCAAAUCCUCUCCAGCCCCACCUCUGACCUCAUUUUCACUCUUUAUAACACUACUCCUUUCGGCUUUUCCGUGUCACGCAAAUCCAAUGGCGAUGUCCUCUUUGACUCGUCGCCGGACACGAAUAACUCCAGCACUUUCCUGGUCUUCAAGGAUCAGUACAUCCAGUUCUCCUCCUCACUUCCACAAAACAGGUCUUCCCUGUAUGGCCUCGGAGAGCACACAAAGAGCUCCUUUAAGUUGAAGGCAAAUGACACUUUCACUUUAUGGAAUUUAGACAUUGCAAGCUCAACUCAGGAUGUGAAUCUUUAUGGGUCUCACCCAUUUUACGUUGACGUCCGAUCAGCGUCAGCCGAUGGCAAAGUCCCGGCGGGAACUAGUCACGGUGUUUUAUUGUUGAAUAGCAAUGGGAUGGACAUAAUCUACACCGGUGACAGGAUAACUUACAAGGCGAUAGGUGGUAUAAUUGACUUGUAUAUUUUUGCUGGACCAUCUCCUGAUACGGUUAUUCAGCAGUAUACGGAACUCAUCGGCCGUCCUACGCCUGUGCCAUACUGGUCUUUUGGCUUUCAUCAGUGUCGAUAUGGCUACAAGAAUGUUUCGGAUCUUGAAGGCGUGGUUGCUAGCUAUGCAAAUGCUAGUAUCCCUCUUGAAGUUAUGUGGACAGAUAUUGAUUACAUGGAUGCUUAUAAGAUUUUCACUCUCGAUCCCAUUAACUUUCCUGCUGAUCGUUUGAAAAAUUUUGUUGAUAAACUUCAUCAAAACGGUCAAAAAUACAUUGUUAUUGUGGAUCCUGGCAUUAGCGUAAAUGAUUCCUAUGGAACUUUUAAGAGGGGACUGCAAGCUGAUGUGUUCAUUAAACGUGAGGGCGUUCCUUACUUGGGACAAGUUUGGCCAGGACCUGUCUACUUCCCUGAUUUUCUGAAUCCAAACACCACAACCUUCUGGAGGGACGAGAUUAAACAGUUUCGAGAUAUCGUUCCUGUUGAUGGUCUUUGGCUUGACAUGAACGAGAUAUCUAAUUUCAUCACUUCCCCAUUACUGUCAUACUCCACCUUUGAAAAUCCUCCUUACUGGAUUAAAAAUGCUGGAAAAGGAAAUGAGAUUUUAAUCAACUUUAAGACAGUGCCGGCAUCAUCUAUGCAUUUUGGCGACAUUCCAGAAUAUAAUGCCCAUAACUUGUAUGGACUGCUGAAUGCUAAGGCAACCCAUGAAACCUUAAAAAAUUUGACUGGCAAGAGGCCAUUUGUGCUAUCUAGAUCUACUUUUGUAAGUUCUGGCAAGUAUACUGCUCAUUGGACUGGAGACAUUGCCUCCUCAUGGGUUGAUUUGGCCAACACCAUUCCUGCGAUAUUGAAUUUUGGUUUAUUUGGAAUACCAAUUGUUGGUGCUGAUAUAUGUGGAUUUAUUGGAAAUACAAAUGAAGAACUCUGUCAACGUUGGAUUCAGCUUGGAGCAUUUUAUCCCUUUGCGAGAGAUCACUCAGACAAGAACAGUAUUCGUCAAGAGCUUUAUCUCUGGGAUUCAGUUGCUGCAACAGCCAGGAAGGUGCUAGGACUCCGAUAUCGAUUGCUUCCAUACUUCUACACAUUACUGUACGAGGCACACACCAAAGGAACACCUAUAGCAAGGCCUCUUUUCUUCUCAUUUCCUGAAGACAUCAACACUUACGAAAUCAAUUCCCAGUUUCUAAUUGGUAGUGGCGUACUGGUCUCACCUGUGUUGAAUUCGGGAACAUUCUCAGUUGAUGCCUACUUCCCUGAAGGAAAUUGGUUUAGCCUGUUUAAUUACUCCGAUUCAAUCAGUGUAAGCCCGGGGAAGUAUAUCACACUUGAUACACCUCUUGAACAUAUAAAUGUGCAUGUCAAGGAAGGUAACAUUUUGACCUUGCAAGGAGAAGCUUUGACGACAGAAGAAGCUAGAAAGACAGCAUUUCACCUGCUAGUGGUGGUAAGCAGCCAACAAAACAGCACUGGAGAAGUUUUCUUAGAUGAUGGAGAGAGUGUGGAGAUGGGUGGAAAUGGUGGGAAUUGGAGCUUGGUUAAAUUUAAUGGUGGAGUGGUUGGGGAUACAGCAGUGGUUGGAUCAAGCAUCAUCAAUGGAGAUUUUGCUUUGAGUCAGAAAUGGAUCAUUGGUACUGUGACAUUUAUAGGAUUAAAAAACUUUAAGGAGUUGAAGGGGUAUGAAUUGCACUACAGAAAUGAAACAAGGACUGGAAAUUCAGAUGCCAGAGCAAGCUUCGAUAGCAAUGGACAGAUUGCUGCCUUGGAGUUUCUAAGCUUUUCUUUGUUUCUUGGAGACGAAUUCCAGUUGUAUCUUAAAUUUGGCUUGUAA